GAGUCUGACGAAGCUAUGCGACGCUCUUUGUCUACUUUUCUGCCGGACAGUGCGUGUGUUUUCGGCAACGUGUUGCAGGUUUUCCGAGAUGCGCAAGAAGCUUCCGAAGCUAUCCGAUUGCGGGCCACACUGCAGGAGAAAGUCGCUUGUGCUCGGAGUCUACCGUGUGUGAAUUGUGGCUUUUGCUACAAACAUGGGCGGUUCUGCCCAUUUUUUCAACGUGCGGAAGUGCGUGUGCAGGGACCUCCUUGUCCGGAUUUCUCUGCAAUGGGAAACAGAGCCGGAGUGCAUGGCCAACACUUGCCGGCCAUAUUGGCGGGCGGUGCAAAAGCCAGCGCAGGGAAAUCUGCGAUGGUCAUCGUCGAGAACGUGCCUGGCUUCCCCUUACAUCUGGCCGAAGCAGCAUAUGACGGUUACGACUUUGUUGAGAGCUUGCAGGAGCCCUAUAUGGUCGGGUUUGAGUUCAUGUCCCGCACAAGGAAGUUCUUCGCUGGCUACCGCAGGGACAGAGUCGUUUCGACUUUCGACGUCAGCUGCGGAGCUUACUCUGUGGAAGCCCAGCAGAUGUGCGGGAAGAUUGCUUCAACUUGGCCUGCACGCGUUCAGCGUGCCUCCAAGUAUCUAAACGAUUGGAGCUGUUCCGUGAAAGCAAAAUGCUCAUACGAGGACUUGAUCUGCGGGGGCGUCAUGUUUAGUCCCGCCGCGGGUCGGCAAUGCCUCCUGAAGGAGCUGUACAUGGGCAUGGGUUUCCCUACUUUCCGGGGAUUGGCUGAUGCAGCAGGUGCCUUAGGAAACAGUCAGGUCGUUCCGCAGGUAGGUGUCUUCGCUUUGUGCGCGCUUGCCAGCGCGCAUGCUCUUUGCCUGGAGCUCUUUUUGCAGAUCAAGUCUGGGGUCCUUUGCCUUACUCUGCGUGCAAUGGCUGGAAGACCCCCGCCACCUUUCUCGGGUGGGUUUUUCUCCGCGCCACCUCCUCCAGGUGCUGGGACAUCCGCUGCAGCCCCAGCAUUCAGCGGUCCAGCUGCUGGGACAUGCCCGCCAGCGUUGAGCGGUCCACCUGUGCCUCCGUCUGUGACCGCCGUGACCGGUGCUUCCUUGGGUGCUGCGCCGGCGCCGACCAUGUUUCCCUCGAUGCCCGCCUCGUCCCUUCCUUUGCAAAUGGUGCCGCAUCCGUCUGCUGUGGGGGCUGUACCGAUGCUGCCUGCUACAUCUCCUGCAUUGAUGCCGAAGAGAGGCGCGACAGGGCCCAGAGCGAGCAAACGCAAAGAAGACCUACCGGCAGUGCCGACCGGUAGAAAACCCAAACCGGUGGCGGUGUCAGUUGCGACAGUCGUCAAAGGGCUCGGCGAGGACAUCUUGGACGGCGUCCUCGUUGCCGUCGCCCCGCAGCAGUUCACAAGUUAUGUGCUUCAGAGUACGAGCAUUCGGGAGAAAGUGGAGUUGAUCUUCAAGGUGACGGGGCAGGCGCCAGAUGACAGGGUCACGUCAUCGGAUC